AUGGCUAUCGACAACAAGAACCCCGAGUUCAAGCAGCUUCACGUUGCCAUUGUUGGUGGCGGACUUGGUGGCAUGGCCGCUGCUGUUGCCAUGCGCCGCGCGGGCCACAAGGUCUCCAUCUUCGAGCGUCGCGACUUCAAGGUCGAGGUCGGUGCCUCCAUUUCAUGCGCUGCCAACGGUGGCAAGUGGCUCCGCGAGUGGGGCGUCGACCCUCAGCGCGGCCGACCGGUGGAGCUCAUGAAGCUUGUCAUGCGCGACUGGGAGACCGGAGAGAUCCUCAACCUUUACGACCUGCACGAGUACGAGAAGACCUGGGGAAUCCCCUACUACAUGUUCCACCGCGUGGACAUGCACGAGAUGCUCCUCGAGGCCGCUACCUCGCCCGAUGGACCGGGAGAGCCCGCCUCUGUCGUCGUCGACCACAUCGCCAAGCGCUGCGACCCUGAGGCCGGUAUCGUCGAGUUCGAGAACGGUGAGGUCAUCAAGGCCGACCUCGUUAUCGGCUCCGACGGUAUCCGCUCCAUCCUCCGCCGCGAGAUCGGCGUCACCCCCCAGACCCACUCGGCCAACCAGACCUGCUACCGCUGCAACGUCCGCAAGGAGGAUCUCGAGAAGUUCGGCCUCAUGCCCGACGCGACCGACCCCGCUAUCCAGUUCUGGGGUGGUUUCGAGAAGGGCGACAUCAACCGCUACUAUAAGAUUGUCAUGUCUCCCUGCUCCGGCGGUGACGUUGUCUCGUUCUACUGCUUCAUGCCGACCGAGAUGACCAACCACACCCAGGAGGGCUUCGUCUUCGCCGAGGUUCCCGUCUCAGACAUCAUGGCUGGCGACUACAAGCGCCUUGACCCCACCGCCCAGAAGCUGAUCGAGCACUCGAUCGAGCGCAUGCCCUGGCGCCUCUACGUUCACCAGCCUUACCCCACCUGGCACAAGGGACGUGUCUGCCUGCUUGGUGACGCCGCCCACCCCAUGAUGCCCCACCAGUCGCAGGGUGCCUGCACUGCCCUCGAGGACGCCGCCGCCCUCGGCAUCAUCUUCUCGAAGGACUACGGAUUCACGAACAACGUCCAGGCCGGCCUCGACUUCUACGAGCACAUCCGCAAGCCCCGCGCCACUCGCGUCCAGGCCGCCUCUGCCCGUGCUACCGAGAACCUCAACGAGCGCAUCGGCUUCACCUCUCUCUCUGCCCCCGACGCCGCCCUCGCUGCCAAGAAGGGAUACCUCACUGUCAACGAGAUGAACGAGUACGACAUGAAGGCCCACAUCGCCUCCGAGGCUCACAACUACGGCAACCUCUUCAACGCCUCUCCUAAGGCCACCCCUGCCAACGCCAAGCUCGCCGCUGAGGCCCCGGUCCCCGCUACCGCUACCGCCUAA